AUGAGUACCUAUUUUUAUUAUUGUCUGUUAUUUUCUGUUCUCUUCAAAGCGCUUUGUUCUGCUUCAGGAGGUAGAGUGGAUUUCCGUCACUCGUCGGCAAAUAAGGCUUUCAUAGCUAGCAUACCUGGGGGCGAUUAUGAGGUGGUCCAUCCGUUUCAAAUACGUGACAAAAAUGAACGAAUAGGAAUAGAUACUCACAAUUAUUUUCUAAAAGCUGCGGAACAUUAUCAACAUGUUACCAUUGUUAUUCGGAGCAAUGCUGCUGGUCGAAUCAAGUUGGUUUUGGAGCGGAACAAUUUCAUAUUCCUUAAUAGAACCAGUUUCCGUAAGUUGGACUCAAGCGGCGAGCACGGAUUUUCUCAACGAGUGGAGAACUGUUACUAUCAGGGUACGGUAGCCGGUGAUGCAUCAUCUUUCGUUGCACUUUCGUCAUGCAACGGCUUAAGAGGCGUGAUUGCCUUCUCAAAUGGAUCCACAUAUGGAGUUUGGCCAUUGGAUGCAGGAGAUCGAGGUCGAAGGCAUCCACAUAUACUCUACAAGACUCAGUGGUCAAAAGAAGCAAGAUGUGGAGCAUCGAUGGCACCGAUUGAGCAUGUUAUACGCCGCAGGACUUCUCGACACCACCACCGGCGACGUACGCGUGACCUUUCGAAGCAGACGAAAUAUGUGGAGUUGGCGCUGGUUGGGGACCAUGAAUAUGUAAAACAACACAGUUAUUCCGAUGAGGAUUCGUUGACAUACAUGCUGGAAGCGGUAAACAUCGCGGACUUGAUGUUCUCUCGAGACCUAAAUGUUCGAUUAUCUGUCGUUUACGCUGAAAUUUGGCUGGACGUGCAGCGAAUAGAUCUGUUUGAAGAUAUUGAAAGAACGAUGACUGGUGUUGUGGAUUACUCAACUGGUCAUAUCUACAACAUAGCCAAAGAUGCUAGUGUUCUAUUCACCGGUGGCUCGUUUGCAAAUCAUGAAGCUAUUAAUUCGGUCUUUCGGAGCAUUUGUACCGCACGAGCUGCAACAAUUGUAAAAGCAGUGGAUGCUUUUGCUGCUCAAUGGACAGGACAAAUGGUUGCCCAAUCACUGGGACAUUUACUUGGUUUGGAGCAUGACACGCCAUCUUGUCAAUGUGAUACAGAUUUCUCCAGUCAACGUUGUAUUAUGAAUGACAGACCAGGGAUUCCCGGAGCUGCUUUUUCUUGGCAGUUCUCAAAGUGCUCGAUCGCUCGAAUGCAUGGCGUCUGGCAGUCUGGUCACGUCCAAUGUCUUUUGAAUAAGCCUUUCCAACCGUCUCAACUCCGCGAAUGCGGAAAUGGUGUUGUGGAUGGCUCUGAAGAAUGUGACUGCGGAACACGUGAGACGUGUACAGAUCCGUGCUGCGAUCCGCUGACCUGCACUUUACGAGCUCAUGCUCAAUGCGCCGCACAUCAUCAAUGCUGUCACCGAUGCGAGCUCAGAAAAGCAGGUGAAGUAUGUCGAAAUGCUCGUUCUGCUUGCGAUGUCGCAGAGACCUGUGAUGGAAAGUCCGGAGAUUGUCCACCUGACGGACACCUUGUUGACGGAACUGCUUGCGGUCGGGACGGACAGUGCUGGCGUGGCAACUGCAGCGAUCCACACAACCAGUGCCAAAUGAUUUGGGGAGAAGGUGCUCGUGUAGCGGAGGAGGAAUGCUUCAAACAAAACACUCGCGGACACGAAUAUGCGAAUUGCGGUUCAAGUGACAGUUCUUCUGCAUAUCGUUCAUGUCAAGCUGAACAUAUCCGAUGCGGCACCUUACACUGUCAGGAUGGGGCCACAACGCCGAUGCAAGCUGCCUUAAGAGCAUUCACGUUUCAGUUUCAGCAGAAUGAGAAACAGGUGCAAUGCAAAUCAAUAGCGAACACUACUGUUGGAUUGGUGGAAGACGGCUCUACUUGUGGCUCUGGUCGUGUCUGUGUUGCUGGCUCUUGUGUCGAAAUGUCAUCGGUCUCCACACCUGUUACAUGCCCGUCGAAUAAUCACGCCUUGCAGUGCUCUGGACAUGGUGAUUGUACCACCACUUCUCUUUGUGUUUGUUUCGCCGGGUGGACUGGUGUCGCUUGCGAUACCCGCUCGAACAGUACACUGUCCAAGAAUCGUGGCACAUCACGCACCAUUGUCGUCGUCCCCUCGAUUGCUGAAGGGAAAACACUAGAUACUGCUACACUUCUUGGCAUACUACUACUUGUAGGAGUUGCUCUUUUACUUCUUCUCGUCUGUUUGUUGUUCUGUUAUCGUCGUCGGUCAGUAGUUGAAAUCCCGACACCGUCUGAUGAAAAGCUCGACGACGGUAUUCCUGACCAAACCCAGCGUUCCAUAAAGUUCGGCAAUAUGCCCAGCUGGAGAGACGAGAAGAGAAGGCGGAAAAGCAACAAACACGUUUACGGAGCCCUGAACCGUAUCACGGAGGCUGAUGAGAGAGAUUCAGCAAGUCUGAGAUCACGGGAGAGUGGAAGUCAAAAUGCCGGAAGUCAACUUUUAUUUGACCCUAACCAUCAAGUGAUUUCAUACGGCCGACCAGAGAUGGUCAUCCCGGAACGAAUCCACGAACAUAUCUAUGCCGAAUCGGCAUUGAUUAUGUCGAACGGUUCUCCUAUUCACCUAGAUCAUCCUAUGAGAUCCAUGAAUAGUUGGUCGAAAUCACCCAGUACGAGUAUAGAACACAUAGCACCCACUCCAUUGCGAUUGAAUAAUAUCAAACAAUUGCUGCGUAAUUUCCAAAGUGAUGACGAUGUGGGUGACGAAUUCCGCGACGAAAAUAUGGAAUUGUUGGAUACCCGAUAUCCAUUGGAGGCGUACGGAAGCACUUACAAACCUCUUGGAGAUCCCAUUGGUGAAGAGGAGCUUUCUGGAGUGGAAGCAGACCAUGAUCACGGCUCUAAUACGGAGUCAAGUCGCGGAUACGAACUCGACCAACGUGGUGCCGAAGGUCGGCUGGAUACGGGGGAAGCGAACUCAUCACCUGUCGGGCGAAGCACCUGCGACUUCCGACAGAGUCCAUCUCUCUUUAACGACUCGUUCAAGCUAGAAAUGUCCUCUUCGAUACAUACCUAA